AUGAGGCGGUCGAGCGGCGGUGUAACUGCAGCGGACCGCUUGCACGUCACCAGCGCCAGCAGUAGACGCGAGUCCGGGACGUGCGCGCUCCCGGGCUUCCGGAGCGACACGCCUUGCUCUUGUCUUCGGCCUUUCAGCCACGAGGCCUCUAGGCCUCUGUCCUACACUGUGCAAUCUGUGAGAGGUGCAAACGCCCGCCCCCUGCACCCCGCCGUCUUCCGGCUCAAGUUGAGGAAGGCCCAUCAUGGCGCUACCUGGACAACUUUGCACUGCUUGGGGUCUCCGGCUGCCCGGUGGCCUCACUCCUCGGCGGGUAAGGAGGUGCUGAGGAGGGCCCCGAAUGCCCCUGCGAGCGCACUGCCAGUGCUUGCCUCUGAAGUGGCGGCCCCGGGAGCGGGGAGAGUGAUCGGGGGUGAAAGGGUCUCUGGCGCGAGGAGGGAUGGCCCUGAGUUCUGGGGAAAGAGGAUUGAGGAGCUCGGGACGCAAGGAGAGAGGACAGGGGUCCUGGGCUCUGAGAAAGCAAGGAACUUGCAUUCCAAGGUGGUCACGUUCCCUGAAGUCGAUAUAGAAGCAGGAUUUUUCAGUUAUGGAACAAAAAUAUUAUAUCAAGACAUUGAAGCCGCUCGGUCUAAAUUCUUUCCACCCCUUCAAAAAAUGAUGCUACCACCUAAUAGUUUUCAAGGAAAAGUGGCGUUUAUUACCGGAGGAGGGACUGGCCUUGGGAAAGGAAUGGCAACUGUUCUGUCCAGCCUCGGUGCCCAGUGUGUGAUCGCCAGCAGGAAGAUUGAUGUUUUGAAAGGGACUGCAGAACAAAUUUCUUCUCAAACUGGAAAUAAGGUUCAUGCAAUUCAGUGUGAUGUAAGGAAUCCUGAAAUGGUUCAAAAUGCUGUAUCAGAACUGAUCAAAGUUGCAGGACUUCCUGAUAUCGUGAUAAAUAAUGCAGCAGGGAAUUUUAUUUCCCCCACUGAAAGGCUGUCUCCUAAUGCUUGGAAAACUAUAACUGACAUCGUUCUAAACGGCACUGCUUAUGUGACACUGGAAAUUGGAAAGCAACUCAUCAAAGCACAAAAAGGAGCAGCAUUUCUUGCUAUUACCACCAUCUAUGCGGAGUCUGGGUCAGGUUUUGUAGUACCAAGCUCUUCUGCCAAAGCUGGAGUAGAAGCUUUGAACAAAUCUCUUGCAGCUGAGUGGGGUAAAUAUGGAAUGCGAUUCAACAUAAUUCAGCCAGGACCCAUAAAAACCAAAGGUGCCUUUAGCCGUCUUGACCCAACUGGAGAAUUUGAAAAAUCAAUGAUUGACAGGAUUCCUUGUGGUCGGCUAGGAACUGUGGAGGAACUUGCAAAUCUUGCUGCUUUCCUUUGCAGUGAUUAUGCUUCCUGGAUCAGUGGCGCAGUUAUUAGAUUUGAUGGUGGAGAGGAAGUUUUUAUUUCUGGGGAAUUCAACAGUCUGAUGAAGGUCACCAAGGAGCAGUGGGACACAAUAGAAGGACUGAUCAGGAAAACAAAAGGAUCCUAGGACCAC